CACACACGCACAUCGUGGCGUUGUCGUUAUCCGCCGGUUUAGGAGUAGGUACCAAAGUCGUACUUACGUAGGUUACCGCAGUCGUGUAGUCGCGCACCACUGUGGUUGUCGUUGUCGUCGUACCACUCAUACCGCGGUCGCAGUCGUAUUCGUCGCAAUUGCCGUCGCGGUCGUUCGGAAGUCCACGCAAUAUCGUUAGUGGUGACCGUGCGAAGUUUUUUUUCUCGCACAUUUCGCGAAAAUAAUAUUGUUAUAACGUAUAAAUAAAUAAAACGGCCAGUGACGUAUCAUAAUCUCGUUAUAAUAAUAAUUUAAUUAUUCCCGUGCGUUUCGUGGUUUUCGCGGAUUCGUUGUGCUAUUCCCGACGGUGUCGUCGACGAGCGGGCAGAACCGAUCGAAAUCACACCUAUAACGUUUAAAGAUACAAUUGCGUUACAGUCGAUCUUCUCUUGGCCUGUUCCGGUGGAUACCGGAAAAACCCGCAUACCUGUAACGGGGUUUCGCCGAACCGAUUGCAUUAAGAAAAAAAGAAUAAAUCAAAAAAUAAGUGAACCUUGAAAUUGAGGAUGCUGCCUGAUCCACUACCACAAUUAAAUUAAAUAAAUAAAUAUUGAUAAAAAGGAAACGAAAUAUUUUUCGGUCGUUGCCGUCCAUUUGGUCGGUGUAUCAUCUCUCAAGAGUAUUCAGAAACAAAAAUCGGCGAAGCGUCCAAUAAUUGAGAACUCGUAAGUGCGCCCUCGCCCAAAAGGCUCCUGACCUCUCACGAGUCCAUGCUGUCCUCCAUUGCCGCCAUAGUUGUUGUGACUGUCGACGACAGCUGUGGACCUCGAGAGCAACUUGACGACACUAACCAUCGUCAACGCCGUCGUGGUCGCUAUUUUUCUUUUUCUGCCACAGCAGCUAACACCUCUCACCACUGCCGUCGUCCAACGACGAUCCUACCGGACCAGGUAGCCGGGCACAGAUGAAACCAUCAUCACCGUCUCAAACGUCGUCUCCACCGUCGCCAUCGACAGCCGUUUACGGCUUGAUCGUCGACCGCGACCGGCUCGGGCAAGAUCUCGUUCAAAAGCACGAGGAGUCGUCGCCUUCCUAGUUCGCGUCGACCUCUCGACGGGGGGGUGGAGGGCUCUUCGAUGUACGCGCGAUCCACCAUUACCACAGCAGCAGUCGCCACUACCACCGCCACUGACCGCACUGACGACCGGCGUCGAUUAUGAAGAAACACAAACGCGAACACUUGGAUUGCGGCUGACGACGAUAACUGAACUGCGGUCCCGGGGGGGACACACACGAUCACUCGCCACAUACACACACUUCACAAACCAUACACACACACACACGCCCAUACACACAUAUACACACACAUAUACACACACCCCCAACCCACCCACCCACACAAACACAUACCCAUGAUACGCGCCCACAAAGGAUACCGCAAACGACAUCACUGCAUAUAGCUGGCAGCUAAGCGGUACAUACAUUAUAAUAUUUUUGUAUGACAACUCGUCAUCGCGCCUCUCACCCCUCAUCCACUCAAAUUAAUCUUACGAACAGCUCACGCCGUCGUGUUUUUGAUACACGAUUUUGUAGAUAUUAUAUUAUAAUAUACGAUCGAUGUGAUAAUAUGUUUUCACUCGAGACCGCGACGCGAAAAUUGUGAAAAUAUAACACAAAGCGAUACCGCGGUCACCGUUGUUGUCCUAAUCGUCCGCGUCGUCGUGCGCGCGUUUUAUUUUGUCCGCCAAUAUGGCCGAAACGACACACUCGAGCAAACAUAGCUAACAGCCUACUCCUGGGUAACAAAGGUGCACCCAUUAUGCCAGGGGGCCGACGAGGUCUGGUCGCCCCUCAAAACACGUUCUUGGAAAACAUCAUCCGAAGAUCGAGCUCCCAACCAGACAGCAGCUUCCUGUUGGCCAAUGCUCAGAUUGUCGACUUUCCGAUCGUCUACUGCAACGAGUCGUUCUGCAAGAUUUCCGGAUAUAAUCGGGCGGAGGUGAUGCAAAAGUCAUGCCGAUGCUCGUUUAUGUAUGGCGAUCUCACGGACAAGGAGACGAUAUGCAGAAUAGACGAAGUGUUGGAGAGCCACUACAACGACCAGUUCGAAAUCUUGCUCUACAAAAAGAACAAUCUGCCAGAAGAGACACCGUUAUGGCUGCUGAUGCAAAUAGCUCCGAUCAAGAACGAGAGGGAUCUCGUCGUGUUGUUCCUGCUCACGUUCAGGGACAUCACGGCACUCAAGCAACCCAUCGAGUCGGAGGACUCCAAAGGCGGAGAUCUGUUAGCAGGCCUGAGCAAGUUUGCCAAGCUGGCCCGGUCCGUGACCAGAAGCAAGACACUGGUGUCGCAGUUCUCGUCGCACCCCGUUUCCAUCAAGGACUCCACCAGACAUGUCCAGUCCCAUUUAGCGCACAUGAUGAGCCUGAACGCGGACGUAAUGCCCCAGUACAGGCAAGAGGCGCCGAAGACGCCGCCGCACAUCCUGCUGCACUACUGCGCGUUCAAGGCGAUCUGGGACUGGGUGAUACUGUGCCUGACGUUCUACACGGCCAUCAUGGUCCCGUACAACGUGGCGUUCAAGAACAAGACCAGCGAGGACGUGUCCCUGUUGGUAGUCGAUUCCAUUGUGGACGUGAUAUUCUUCAUCGACAUCGUGCUCAACUUCCACACAACGUUCGUCGGGCCCGGUGGCGAGGUCGUGUCCGACCCGAAAGUCAUACGGAUGAACUACCUCCGGUCGUGGUUCGUUAUCGACCUGCUAUCAUGUCUGCCGUACGACGUGUUCAAUGCGUUCGACCACGACGAAGAGGGUAUCGGAAGCCUGUUCAGUGCUUUGAAGGUUGUCCGGUUGUUACGACUGGGCAGGGUCGUUCGAAAACUGGACAGGUACUUGGAAUACGGCGCUGCAAUGUUGAUACUGCUGCUGUGCUUUUACAUGCUGGUGGCGCAUUGGCUGGCAUGUAUUUGGUAUUCCAUAGGACGGUCCGACGCCGAGAACGGAUAUCAAUACUCAUGGCUGUGGAAGCUGGCAAACAUCACACAGUACCCGUACUCGUACAUAAUGUCGGAACACGCCAACUCAACGGAACUAGUGCAUGGUCCGCCACGAAAGACCAUGUACGUGACCGCGCUUUAUUUCACCAUGUCGUGCAUGACGAGCGUCGGUUUCGGGAACGUUGCCUCAGAGACCGACAACGAGAAGAUCUUCACCAUAUGCAUGAUGGUCAUUGCGUCGCUGUUGUACGCUACGAUUUUCGGUCACGUCACCACCAUCAUACAGCAAAUGACUUCGGCCACGGCUAAGUACCACGACAUGUUAAACAAUGUCAGAGAAUUCAUGAAGCUGCAUGAAGUGCCGAAAGCGCUGUCCGAGAGGGUCAUGGACUACGUGGUGUCCACGUGGGCAAUGACCCGGGGCUUGGACACGGAUAAAGUGUUGAAUUAUUGUCCGAAAGACAUGAAGGCGGACAUAUGUGUUCAUCUAAACCGAAAAGUGUUCAACGAGCACCCGGCGUUCCGGUUGGCCAGCGACGGGUGCUUACGCGCUCUGGCCAUGCAUUUCACAAUGAGCCACUCGGCACCCGGUGACCUGCUCUUCCACACCGGCGAGUCCAUCGACUCACUGUGUUUCAUCGUAACUGGCUCGCUAGAAGUUAUACAAGACGACGAAGUGGUCGCUAUUUUAGGUAAGGGCGACGUGUUCGGUGAUUCGUUUUGGAAAGACACGGCGUUAGGACAAUCUGCAGCAAACGUCCGUGCUCUCACCUAUUGCGACUUACAUACCAUCAAGCGUGACCGGCUGCUAGAAGUGUUGGAUUUCUAUCAGGCAUUUGCGAACUCAUUUUCGCGGAACCUCAUACUGACUUACAACCUCCGGCAUCGAUUAAUAUUCAGGAAAGUUGCGGAUGUUCGCCGGGAAAAGGAGCUGGCUGAAAAGCGGAAAAACGAACCACAAUUGGACGAACAGCGGGAUCAACUGGUCAGGAAAAUAUUUACAAAGUUUCGGAAAGAUCGAGCUCCCAGUCAGGUCCUCGGAAUGCAACAGGGUGCAGCGGCGGCGGCAGGAACGCCUGCGCUAACGGCGGGUUCCGAGGACAGCAAGUCUGAGGCCGCCACCGGCGAUGCUUCGGACGGUGUCGGCGGUGGACGUCCCAAAGUCUUACCACUUGUGCUCAGGCAACAGAGUGAAGACCCGCAACAAGCAUCUUGUUCGUCGACGGGCCUGAGAACCGCAGCAGCGGGUAUGGCGGCACCCAAAAAGGUAUCUAAAUGGGGUAAAGUCUUGGGUGGCGGCGGAAGUUCCGACUCGGCAGACGCAUCGGUGGUGAGUGCGCAGAGCGCGCCUGCAAAGAUCCGUGACUCACCUGGCCGGUCGGUUGGAAAUGGUCACAAGGUGUUUCCGAAGCUGCAAAAAGUGCCGACCACCGCUGCCGAGCCGUUUGUUGGCGUAGGUGGAAGUCAACGACAGGAAACCAUCGACGAGACGGACGAAAGGGUCGGUAGCAGUGUUAAUGUUGGUGGUGCUACCGGUAGUGGUGGUGGUAGUGGUGCACCGGAACCGGAAGAAGAAUCUUCGACUCCAGCACCACCACACCAAUACCAGUUACAGCAGAACCAGGUCACAGCGGCGGAUGCGCCGUCACCUCCACCGCCACCGUGUGCUGCGAUGGUACUGCCACCACCGCCGGAUCUGGACGUUUUGGCCAAGAUCGAGGACCUCCGAUCCGAUCUCCGAGACGAGGUGCGGUCCAUCAACCAACGACUAACGGCCAUCGAGGAUAUGAUGGUCCGGAUCGUUGGAAAGUUGGAUGCGCUGACCGUCGCCUCACCUGCCCCAUCGCCGUCUCCAAUCUCGUCACUACGGCCACCGGACACGCCGGAAGCAGGACGCCGGCCCGGGUGCAGGACAAAAAGCACAGACGAUCUAAGCUCACCAGCCACACCCAAACUUCCACCGAUGGUCCGGCGGCGGCGUAGCAAGUCCCGGACGCGGUCUUCGUCGUCUGCACUGCCACCUAUGCGUCCGUUCAGCCCCAGAGAUACGUCACCGCCGCCGUUUCCCCGGACUGAUUCGCUCAAAAAGCCGUGCCCGCCUCGGCCCAACGACUUCCUGUAAGCACGCCGCACAAGCGGAUUAUUACCGACCACUGCAAAAAAAAAAAAAAAAAUACUAUUAUCGCAAUAAUAAUUAUACUAUUAUGUGAUAACGGUAUUAUAAUUAUUAUUAUUAUUAUUAUUAUUAUUAUAUUUACGAAAAAUCGAUUGCGUUUGUACAAUGAUGAUAGAAAUAUAAAUAUUUAUAUAUUAUAUAAUAUAUAUAUUACAUUAUAGUGUAUUAAAAUCGUGUACGACGUAAGAUGUUUUUUUUUUUUUUUUUGUAAUUGUUAUGCGUGUGUAUUUUGGUAUAUUUUUACGUUUUAUUUUUUGUCUGUAAUAUUUUACGUACCCGAAUAAAUAAAUAAAAUAAAAUAUAAUAAUACAAUUAGGAAAACGAACCUUCGCAGGGGAGAGAACUGAAUUACGAAAGUAUUGAUAGGGAGCGCGGUAUUUUAAGUAUUACCUACGAUGGUAAUCGUCUAAAAGACAAACAAAUGUCGUACGAUUGAACAAUAUUUUAUGUUCUAUGUCACAUCUUCUGUCGAAUUUUCGUUUUUGGUGGACGGUGUUUGCUGUAAUAUUAUUAUUAUUAUCGCCGAGCGUAGCGCUUUCCAAAUUUUUUUUUCUUAUAUAAAAAUAUACUCCCGUGACCGUUAUCUCUCCUCCCCGAAGUCCCCUAUGUGGUCAUUGCAACUCUAGUCCUGUAAAAAUAAAAAAAUCGAGUCAAGUAAACUGAAAUAAAGCAAAAAAUCAUUUAAAAUAUCGUGAUGUUAUUAUUUAUACUAUACUCGGUCAGUUAAUUUUCUAAAUUACCAUCGAAACAGACACUUCGUACCAAAACAGAUUUUAAAAAAAUAAAUACUAUUUUACGUUUCAUUUUUGACAAUACCCAAAUUUCUCUAAUAGUUUGGAUAAUUAUUUUCAUAAGUUUGAUCUAAACUACUUUCUAAUAACACAUAUUAUUAUUUCGAACAAUGUUAAGAAUAUUGAAAUCACUAAACCAUAGUAAUUCGAUUAAUUAUUGUAAAUCUCGACUAAUUUCGGACUAGAGCACAAUUAGGGGCUUUCGUUUUUGAACGUGGUGCAUUAAAAUUAUUUUAUUUUAUCUAAUUAUCAUAAUUAGUGUUAUAAUGAAUUAUUAUAACCACUUACCAAACGUCUACUACCAUCUAAUUUAAUUUAAUGACUUUUAUCUUAAUUUAGUGCCUUCUUCAGUAUAUAAGAUCAGAUACUAUUAAACAAAUAUUUUAUAAGUAAUUUGAUAAACUUCUGGACUUAAGGUAUCGUGUGAUGUCGGUAAUAUAACGAAAUAAAUUACGUUUGAUUGUAAAUUUUCAAAUUCAUUAGAAAACGUCAUAAUCGGUUUGUAUUUUCAAUGAUAAUUAAACCGUGUGGCGUUAUUUAUACAUUUAACGUUAAAGAUAUAAACCAAUAAUUGUUGACAUAUUUACAAUUUUAUAAUAGUCAAAAGUACACCAAAACGGUCUACGAUGCACAAUGAUUAAAAAUAAGAAACAAAAAUAUCCACGAUAAAAUAGUAUGCAAUCGAAACGAAAAUGAUAAAACCAACAAUAAGUUGCUCGCAACGUCUUUCCAAACAAACCAAUCAGCGUAAACAAUUUCAAAUGCAUUUUUAAUAAUCAUAUUCGCAUGGGCUUGUACUGGUAUCUCAGAGGGAAUGUAAUGAUUUUUUUUUCGCGCUCAGACUAUCUAACGGGAUGUCUUUUUUGCGGUGUACAAACUAAAAAAAAAAAAAAAAA